UCGCAAAGGCCGCUGGGAAAAUCAAUAAUCCAAGAUGGCGGCGUGUUGUUUCCGUUUUUGACGAUAGUUGUUUGCAAACUCCUAAAUAGCAAAACUCACGUCAGUGCACCAGCAGUAGAUCUAUUUUGGGACUCCACCAGAGAAUAAGAGCUUUGUUAUGCACCUAGUGGAGUAUCCUCAGGAAGCCGGGAACAGCAGAAAGCUAGGUAUUUUGUGUGAGGAUGCGGACUUGUUUUGAAAGAUGCGGACUAGGCAGUAAGACCUGGGCUGUGCGGAUGACGCAGGAGGGAACUUGGGCAGAAACAACAACAUCUCAUACCUGCUAAAGACUGUCUAACGUCUCAGACUCGCAGACUUCACCAUGCCACCCUCCUCAGGAGAGCUAUGGGGGAUGCACUUAAUGCCCCCAAAGGUUCCGGUGGACUGCCUCCUACCGACGGGAAUCAUGAUCACUCUGGACGUUCCACGGGAAGCUACGCUGGAGCACAUCAAGGGAGACCUCUGGCGAGAGGCCAGAAAAUACCCGCUCUUCCACAAACUGCAGGAUGAGACCAUGUAUAUAUUUAUCAGUAUUACACAGGAGGCAGAAAAGGAAGAAUUUUAUGAUGAGACCAGGAGAUUUUGUGACCUUAGACUGUUCCAACCAUGGCUGAAGGUCACUGAACCCAGGGGCAACAGGGAGGAGAAAAUACUCAACUCUGAAAUAAGUCUAGCCAUAAGCAUGCCUGUGACAGAAUUUGGCACAGUGAAAGACCCGGAGGUGAUAGACUUCCGCCGAAACAUCCUGACGACGUGUCUACAGUCGGUCCAGGAGCGAGACCAGGACGGCCAGAGCGGCCAGUCUCUCUACGUCUACCCACCCAUCAUAGAGACUGACCCCUCACUCCCGAAAAACCUGGAUGCCAAACUGGACAUAGGGCACAUCAUAGUGACCAUCUGGGUGUUAACAAGAGAAAACGAGAGACAAAAGUACACAGUUAAAGUCUCCAAGUCGUCUCUACCUGAAGAUGUUAUAGCUGGGGCAAUAAAGAAGAAGACGAGAACCAUGGGAUUGACCCCCGAGCAGCAGCAGCAGUGUAUAGAGGGGUACCAGAGCAGCUAUGUACUGAAAGUGUGCGGAGCUGAGGAGUACAUGUUAGGCAGAUAUCCCAUUAUACAGUAUAAGUACAUUCGAAUGUGCCUGUCGAGAAGCAGAUUUCCCAACCUGAUGCUGAUGUCCAAAGAGGGGGUGUACGCCUCACUGCCUGAAUCCACAUUCCACCUGCCGUCCUACGCUCGCAGGGGCUCCAGCGCCGUCCUCAACCCCUCCAACGGCACCGCGCAAAUCCGCUGUAUCUACGACAUCCAGAGCCCGCUCAGAAUAAAGAUACUUUGCGCGACGUACGUCAAUGUCAAAGAACACGAUAAGAUCUAUGUAAGAUCAGGAGUGUACCAUGGAGGAGAGCCGCUCUGUACGCCCGUGAACACAAACCGCGUCCAGUGUUCCAACCCGCUGUGGACCGAGUGGCUGGAGUACGAGAUCAUGAUCCCGGACAUCCCGCGGUCGGCGCGACUCUGCCUGUCCAUCUGCUCCGUCAACAGGAAGAAAGGGAAGAAGGAGGACCACUGCUGUCUUGCCUGGGGGAACAUCAACCUGUUUGACUACCAGGGUAACCUGCAGAACGGCAAGUACCAGCUCAACAUGUGGUCCGUACCCCACGGCAUGGAUGACCUGCUGAAUCCUAUUGGCUCCACCGGGUCAAAUCCCAGCAAGGAUACACCUUGUCUGGACCUGGAGUUUGACAGAUUUGCCCAUGUGGUGAAGUACCCAGACGAUCAGCAGAUUGAGGAGUAUGCAAAGUGGAUCGCUAACGUCAACUCCGAGGGAAACAUUCUCCGAGGGACCACCAGCUCAGCAAGUAACCUGCAUGGAGCGAGUAACUCGUAUGCUGAGAACGGAGACAGUGAGCUGGAGCAGCUGAAUGAGAUCCUGAGGAAGGACCCCCUGUCAGACUUCUCAGAACAGGAGAAGGACCUGGUGUGGAAGAUGAGGAAAAGAUGUCAAGAAAUCCAAGACUCCCUCCCAAGACUACUACAGUCUUGUAAGUGGAGCAGCAGAGAAGAUGUCUCACAGAUGUACAUGUUACUGGAGAACUGGCCACAGGUGUCUCCAGAGACUGCGCUGGAGCUUUUAGACUGCACGUACGCCGACCUCAAGGUGCGAAACUUUGCGGUAGACUGUCUGAGGAAGACCAUGACGGACGACCAACUCUCACAGUACCUGCUGCAACUUGUACAGGUUCUGAAGUAUGAGCCAUACCUGGACAACCCACUAGCCAGAGUACUGUUGGAACGUUCUCUUCUCAACCAGAGGAUUGGCCACUUCUUCUUCUGGCACCUCAAGGCUGAGAUGUCCAACAAGAAUGUCCGUAUCCGGUUUGGCCUGCUGUUAGAGGCGUACUGCCGGGCGUGCGGAGCGUACCUGAAGUCCCUGGUACGACAGGUGGAGGCCCAGGAGAAACUCACCAUGCUGACAGAAACACUACAGGAGAGGGAGAGAGAAAAGAAAGACACAACACAAAGGGAGAGAUUAAAGUUCCUCGGAGAGAAGAUUAACCAGGAGGAUUAUCUAGAAGCCCUGCAGAACUUUCCCUGUCCGCUCAACCCAUCUCAUCUGCUGGGCAAACUGCUUAUUAAGGAGUGUAAAGUGAUGAAGUCAGCCAAGCGCCCCUUGUGGCUCAACUGGGAGAACCCUGACCCCAUGGCUGACCUCUAUUUCCUCAACCAGAUGAUCAUCUUCAAGAAUGGAGAUGAUCUUCGUCAGGACAUGCUGACAAUACAGAUGAUCCGGAUCAUGGACAACAUAUGGCAGACGGAGGGGCUGGAUCUCAGAAUGCUGCCGUACCAGUGCCUGUCCGCGGGAAACUGCGUGGGAAUGAUCGAGGUGGUGAGGAACGCCAAGACCGUCAUGCAGAUCCAGAGGAUGAGCGGGAUCACGGGCACGCUGCAGCUCCGCAGCUGUUUAAUAUUGAAUCUCACGAAGUCCAAGACCAAGGGGGACAGGUAUGACCGAGCCAUCGAGGCCUUUACACUGUCCUGUGCAGGCUACUGCGUGGCCACUUUUAUCCUGGGAAUUGGAGAUCGUCACAACGACAACAUUAUGGUAAACGAGGAGGGACAGAUUUUCCACAUUGACUUCGGCCACUUCCUUGGCCACUUUAAGAAGAAGUUUGGGUACAAGAGGGAACGAGUGCCCUUCGUGCUGACUGAAGACUUCCUCAAGGUCAUAGCAAGGGGAGGAGACUACCAGAAGAGCAAAGAGUUCAAAAGUUUCCAAGAGCUGUGCGGUCGGGCGUAUCUCUAUCUCCGCAAACACGCCAACCUCUUCAUCGUGCUCUUCACCAUGAUGCUCUCCACGGGAAUCCCCGAGCUCCAGUCCUUCGACGACAUCGAGUACCUCCGCAAGACCCUGGCCGUGGAGAUGACUGACACGGAAGCUCUCCAGUACUUCUCCAGCUGCUUCAAUGAAGCCUACAGCCGGUCCUACUCCACCAAGGUCGACUGGAUGUUCCAUGGCAUCAAACAGAGCAGAUGAUUGGUUCAGUUCUUUGUCUUCUUCAUCAUGAUUGGCUGCAGCAUACUCUCUUGUCCAAUGACAGCGAAGAUGACAAGUUUUACAAAGAUUGCUUCAGUUCUUUGUCUUCUUCAUCCUGAUAGGCUGCAGCAUACUCUCUUGUCCAAUGACAGCAAAGAUGACAAGGUUUUACAAAGAUUGCUUCAGUUCUUUGUCUUCUUCAUCCUGAUAGGCUGCAGCAUACUCUCUUGUCCAAUGACAGCGAAGAUGACAAGUUCUUACAAAGAUUGCUUCAGUUCUUUGUCUUCUUCAUCCUGAUAGGCUGCACCAUACUCUCUUGUCCAAUGACAAGGAAGAUGACAAGUUCUUACAAAGAUAGAGAAGAUCAAACAGGGUAGACGAUUGGUUUAUUGUGGUGUUUUAUACAUGUCUGUGGUGUGCAGUACACUCUCUCAUCCAAUGAGAAAAGGGGACUUGGUAAGAGUAUAAGAGGAGGUUUAGUAAAGAGGAUUUAGAUGAACAUUUUACUUCAGUUUGACAAACCAGGACUCAUCAAAUGAGACCAAUUUUAAGCUUGAAUCUAGUCUGCUCAUGACCAGCUUGUCUUGUGACAUUAAAGUGCAUACAACAUACAGUAUACAACAUUUUUUGAUCAUAUUUGAUAACAAUUGUAUCAUUCAGUGAAUAUAGACAUUUGCAUCAAAUACAUACCUUUCUAAUGUUAUUGAACAUCAAACCAUCUAAUAACAUACUUCCAGCUCUGUAUGGCCAGGUAAUGGAGCUGAAUUAAAAGAUACAUGAAACAUUUCGUGUAUCUAGGAACUUGAUUAUUAUUUGUCUGUGAAGUGUACCAGUCCAUGUGUUUUUCUAGAACCAUGGAAAGUGCAAAUAACACACUUACUCAUUGCAGAACAAUGAUGUAAAAUAAAAACCUCUACAGUGUUGUUGCUGUUUCUUCAAGAGUCAAUGCUGAAGUACAGCUUCACCAGAGAGGGACAAAAGUGAGAAAAUAAUUUGACUUUCAAUUUCAAAUUGUCAUAUUACUCUCUUGGCCUGUUUCACAGAGUAAGGCAGUGUGGACUCUCUCCUGAUUUGGAGUAAAUGUAUAAAAACCUACAGGAGCACAUGUAAAAGCACUGUAAGAAGUUAAAGUGUUGAGUUGUGAUGCAGGGCUGCCCUAUGGGUAAUGCUAGUUUACCUUUAUCCACGGGGUUACCUUUAUCCGUGGGGUAACCGUUGUCCGUUGUUUUUAAAAGUGGUAUUCAGGGAUAUCAAGUUGACAAAUGAUGGUUUCAAAUUUACAAAUAUUGAAGAUAUUGCAAGUUAAAACCACCAUCUGUCAACUUGAUAUCCCUAGUAUAUAUCUUGUGUUUGAAAACAAAGGAUAAAGGUUACCAUUGGAUUAUAAAACAUGAAAUUGCAUUAAUAGAACAUAUUUGAAUGACAGUCACAGGAGUUUUUUUCAGAUAGGAUCAAGAGGUAAUUAUAUGAUAGAUAAUUCACACAAAAAAUAUGCAAAUUAGGUAUCUAAUGGAAUGGUAGGGUAAGUGAACAAAUACAUUACAUGUACAGGUAUGGAAACAAUGGUAGCAUCAUUUUCAAUUGUCCAAACUCAUGAGAAUGACACGACCAACUGUUACAUAUGUCAUUGGGUUUGUAUCCCAGUUGCAGUUUAUGUGUUUGAAUUUUGUCUCAAUAGUCCCACAGACUAUCGAAAUCUUGGAAUUCUAUCACAAAGGUCAUCCCACAAAAUGCAGAAAUUAUGGUGUUCCCUCAUGGUGAUUCUAAAAAUACAUUGUACAUUGAUCGGAACAUUACAGUAUAGGAGAAAUCUGCACAUAUGUGUGCAUAUACAAUGUACAUUGUACGUGGUAAUUAUGUUUGACACAUUGUAAAGCCGCAUUUUACAUACUAUUACUUCUCGCUACAACUCAAGACUUUACAGGUCGACUUAUACCAUUCAAAGGUCACUACAGAUUUCAUGUAUUUUGAGAAACUUGUAGUUGGACUUGUUAUUCAUUCAUUGAUGAGUUCUUAAGAAAUUGUUCUUGUUGGUUGCUUCAUGUGCAUGUGAGUAUUGUUCUUGCUAUUGCUUCCAUAGGUAAUUCUUGUUCACAACAGUAUAGUAUUUCUUCUAAGCCAAGUGACCUUAGCAUUCAAGAACUACAAAAUUCUGCCUACACAGUACAUUGAAAUUCUCUUUUGUCAAACCUGAACAACAAUAUGGUUAAAGUGCUAAGGAAUGUAACACAGUCUAUUUUAACAUGAUAUGUCUCUAUGCAAAUUGUUCUUGUAGCAUUUUGAAGCUAAAGACAAAUCAUGGAAAUCUUGUGGAAACUCUUUCAUGUUCCAUGUAUGAAGAAAUUUGUUGGACUUUUUCGUGUGAACAUAUGAAACA